GGUUAGGCUGCGCUGGCUGAGGCGAGCGGAGCUUUGUGAGGCAGGUAGCGCUGGUUCCUGCCCGGCUCUGCUUCGUGCGGACCCCCGCCCCUGAGAGCAGCCCCGCCCCCCGGUAGGGCCCGAUCCCCGAGCGGCCCCCGGAGCUGUGGAGGCCGCCGCGCGCUGCGGGCCAGGGCCCGACCCAGGUCUCGCCAGGCUCCCGAGCCCGCCGCCGGCCGCCCCGCUCUCAAGGCAGGAGCGCUGGGGUGCGCUGCGGGCCCGGAGUCAGGCUGAUGCAACGUCCCUGCCCCCCGCUUGCCUUGCGCGGCCCCCCGCUGCGAGCCGGGGGGGCUGGCUGACCUGCUAGGGCCUUGUGCGGCCCCCGGCCCGGCUCCCCGCCGGGCUUUGGGCCUUCUCAGCCCUUCCCCCCGCGCCUCACCAUGGCCGGUGCCAUCGCGUCUCGGAUGAGCUUCAGCUCCCUGAAGCGAAAACAGCCGAAAACCUUCACGGUGCGGAUUAUCACCAUGGACGCCGAGAUGGAGUUCAGCUGCGAGGUGAAGUGGAAAGGGAAAGAUUUGUUUGACUUGGUGUGCAGGACACUAGGACUCCGAGAAACCUGGUUCUUUGGACUUCAGUACACGAUCAAGGAUACCGUGGCCUGGCUCAAAAUGGACAAGAAGGUUCUGGAUCAUGACGUUCCAACAGAGGAGCCGGUCACUUUUCACUUCCUUGCCAAAUUUUACCCUGAGAAUGCGGAGGAGGAGCUGGUUCAGGAGAUCACACAGCACUUGUUCUUUCUGCAGGUAAAGAAACAGAUUUUAGAUGAGAAGAUCUACUGUCCUCCUGAGGCAUCUGUGCUGCUGGCCUCCUAUGCCGUCCAAGCCAAGUAUGGUGAUUACGAUCCCACUGUUCACCAGCGUGGCUUCUUAGCACAAGAGGAGUUGCUUCCAAAACGGGUAAUUAACCUGUACCAGAUGACUCCAGAAAUGUGGGAGGAAAGAAUAACAGCCUGGUAUGCAGAACAUCGAGGCAGGGCAAGAGAUGAAGCUGAAAUGGAAUAUUUGAAGAUCGCUCAGGACCUGGAGAUGUAUGGAGUAAACUACUUCGCAAUUAGGAAUAAGAAGGGCACCGAGCUGUUGCUUGGGGUUGAUGCACUGGGGCUUCACAUCUACGACCCAGAAAACAGGCUGACCCCCAAAAUCUCUUUUCCAUGGAAUGAGAUCCGGAAUAUCUCUUACAGUGAUAAGGAGUUUACAAUUAAGCCACUGGACAAAAAGAUCGAUGUCUUUAAAUUCAAUUCAUCAAAGCUGCGUGUGAAUAAGCUGAUUCUUCAGCUGUGUAUUGGAAACCACGAUCUAUUCAUGAGGAGGAGAAAAGCAGACUCUUUGGAGGUCCAGCAGAUGAAAGCACAGGCCAGGGAGGAGAAGGCCAGAAAGCAGAUGGAACGACAGCGGCUGGCUCGAGAGAAGCAGAUGAGGGAAGAGGCAGAGAGAACAAGGGAUGAGUUGGAGAGGAGGUUGUUGCAGUUAAAGGAGGAGGCGACAAUGGCCAAUGAGGCUCUGAUGAGAUCUGAAGAGACCGCAGACUUGCUGGCUGAAAAAGCGCAGAUCACAGAAGAGGAAGCCAAGCUGCUGGCUCAGAAAGCAGCUGAGGCCGAGCAGGAGAUGCAGCGGAUCAAAGCCACGGCAAUCCGGACAGAGGAGGAGAAACGGUUGAUGGAACAAAAGGUCCUAGAGGCAGAGAUGUUGGCAUUGAAGAUGGCAGAAGAAUCGGAGAGAAGGGCAAAGGAAGCUGAUCAGCUAAAGCAGGACCUUCAAGAGGCUCGAGAGUCUGAGCGGAGAGCAAAGCAGAAGCUCUUGGAGAUCACCAGCAAGUCGUCCUACACGCAGCCCAUGAACUCAGGUAUGACAGCGCUGCCUGCCGACCUGCCAAGCUUCAACCUCAUCAGUGAGAGCCUCUCCUUUGACUUCAAGGAUACAGACAUGAAGAGACUUUCCAUGGAAAUAGAGAAAGAGAAAGUGGAGUACAUGGAGAAGAGCAAGCACCUGCAGGAGCAACUGAAUGAGUUGAAGACUGAGAUUGAGGCGCUGAAGCUGAAGGAGAGGGAGACAGCACUGGAUAUACUGCACAACGAGAAUGCCGACCGAGGCAACAGCAAGCACAACACCAUUAAAAAGCUCACCUUGCAGAGCACCAAGUCCCGUGUGGCCUUCUUCGAGGAGCUCUAGGAGGUGAUCCAACCAUCCUGCACUGCUGCUUCCAGCGAGCCAGCCACUUGCCAGCCAGAACCUCCUUCAGCAAGGCCCUAUAGGCACAUCCCACUGGCUGGGGAGCCAGGAACGCAGCCUCUCUACAUGCUGGCUGAGUGCAUUCUGGGACAUGAUGCUGCUCCUGUGCAAUGGACUUGGUCUGUCAACUGUCCGUGGAUUUCAGCGUGAUGAUCUCUAGUUUAGAGUAUCCUAAUCCCCCUUGUAGGUUUUUAACUAGCUACCCUCUUCUGCCGUUUAUAAUGCAGAGCUGUGUAUCCCUUGCAGUCUUUUUAAGCAGUAUUUGUAUUUGGCCGUGACUAUCAUGUGACCUCUUGGGAGAGGGUGAGCAGGCGCGUGUGCCUUGGAAGGGACGCCUUUCCCUUCCGGCCCUGCUUUAGGGAAUACCACAAAUAAUGUGCACUUCUGCAGGUGGAGAUAUGGCGCCUUCAGCAGUUCGGGAGCCAGGCGGCGAGAUGUGCGCUACCCUCUCCAUACCCCCAGUACUUCUGCCUGACUUUUGGAGGGGCCGAGUACUGGUAGCCCCCAUUGGUGACACACACAGUGAUAUAAUGGAUGCUUUAAUCAGUGUUACAGCCUCCCCUACAAGGGCGUGAUUAGGUCUGGUCUUCCUGCCUGUCAGAGAAUCUAAUAGACCUAGAAGGGGUUCAGAGAUACGCCGUGGAAAUAGGUUUGGAACGACUUCUGUAUAAGGAGAGAUUGAAAAGACUCUAGCUGUUUACCUUAGAGAGCUGCCGCAUAGCGGGGACACUACAAAGGUGUGCAAACUAAUUAAUGGUAUGACGCAAGAGCAAGGGCAUAGUUAAGGAAACGGAAAAGUGGCAUAUCCAGCACUGAUCAAAGGAAAUGCUUUCCCCACACAGUGUGCAAUGAGCCUCUGGAACGCCUUGCUACAAGAUUCCACUGACACCAAGAAUUUUGUAGGAUUAGAUCUUUGUCUGGAUACAAAAAUAGCCAGAAAUCUAGCAGUGGACAUUUACAAAGUGAAGGGGUUCUGGAAGAGAUAUGAACCUUGUAGAUCAGGAGGGAAUUUCCUCUGUGCCCUGGUCAUCCCAUAGCUACCUAUUGCAGCCUUCUUUUCACUUUCCUCUGAAGCAUCUGGCACUGGCCACUGGUGGAGAUGGGCUAGAAGGACCAUGGGUCUGAUCCACUAUGUCAGUUCCUGUUCAUGGGAGCUGCAUGUGCUCAGCCUCUCUGCACAUCACCUCCCUUGCUCCAUUUUAACUCCCCUGGUAGAGUGGUAACCAGCUCCCCACGAGCUGGGACUCUACUGAGAGCAGUCCCAGCAUCUCUUUACUGCUGAGUCCUGUUGAGUGAGAGUGGCAGGAGCAGCCUUGCUCUGGUGGUGGCAGAGCCUCUGGUUUCCAGUCCCUGAAGGACCAUGCUGUGAACACUCAUGCACCCCGUGCCUGCCGUGAGAGAGCCAAGCAAUAGGGUUGAGUUACUAAGCAAUCAAGGUGAGGUUGGCUGCUAAAUGAAGUAGCUCUCUCCUAGCCAGGGACUCUUGGCAGCUAUGUCGAAGAAGUCAGUGGCAUCCUCAGCUCUUGAAAGGACAUAGGGCUGCUGCUUUGGGAGGAGAGGAGUAACUCCUGGCAUAUGCUUUGUCAUCAUCCUGUCUCCUUGGUCAGUGCUAGCACCCAUCCCGCCCUGCUUUGUAUUCUCUGUUUUGGGGGGUGAGUGGGGAGAGGUGCUAGAAAUCACUUUCAAUUUAUCUCCCAGGUGCUGGAAGGAGGGGGGGCUGCCGCACCCGCUGGCUUGAAGUAGUUUUCACUAUAUUGAGGAUUUACAGUUUGGUUCAAUGGCUCCCAGCACCCCCCCACC